ACCAUCUUCGUCCUUGAGCUUUCUCACAAUCCACUUGCCCCAAUUUAUUCUCCAUCUUUCACUCCUCAUGAGCGUAUUGUUAAUUUUGACCUCCCCAUCACCAAUCCUGAGAAGAACGCUUUCAUGUCUGACCCUGUAAACGAAAUUGUGAUUGCUAGGUUCAUUUUGUUUUUCCCAAAUUACUCGACUUUUUUGGCAAAGCCUAGGUUUUAUGUGGAGGACUUGUUCGUGAAGGAAUGUUAUAGGAGAAAGGGGUUUGGAAAGAUGUUGCUUUCGGCUGUGGCGACGCAAGCAAUGAAGAUGGGGUACGGGAGGGUGGAAUGGGUGGUGCCGGACUGGAAUGUGAAUGCUAUCAAAUUUUAUGAGCAGAUGGGAGCUAAGAUUUUGCAGGAGUGGAGGAUCUGCUGGUUAACUGGUGAGGCUCUUCAGGCUUCUGAUCAUGUCAAUAUUUAGAUUUUGAGGCAUUUUGACAUCCAAUUCGUAGAUGGAAAAGGAAAUGUGGGUUAGAGUUUACUUGUAUUUCCUGGACUCUCUUUAAUAAGAGUCGACUCCAAAA